AUGGGGAUGCUGACACGCCAUGUUCAAAUUGAACGUAUGGACAAUAGUGCUGAUAUUGGUCUCAUUGGUCUGGCCGUCAUGGGUCAGAACCUGGUCCUGAACAUGAACGAUAAGGGUUUCACGGUGGCUGCAUACAACCGCACAACCAGCAAGGUUGAUCAUUUCCUGGAGAACGAGGCCAAGGGCACCAAGGUGGUGGGUGCUCACUCGAUUGAGGAGUUUGUCGCUCUGUUGAAGCGCCCUCGCAAGAUCAUCCUCCUAGUCAAAGCUGGUCCUGCUGUGGAUGAGUUUAUUGGCCAGCUCAUUCCUCACCUGGAGAAGGGCGACAUCAUCAUUGAUAGCGGUAACUCGCACUUCCCUGACACGGAGCGCCGUGUGAAGGAGGUUGAGGCCAAGGGGCUUCUUUACGUGGGUAGCGGUAUCUCUGGUGGUGAAGACGGUGCUCGUCAUGGCCCAUCGCUUAUGCCGGGUGGUAGCGAUGCUGCCUGGCCGGAGAUCAAGGAGAUCUUCCAGAAGACGGCUGCGCAGACGGAUGGUGAGGCGUGCUGUGACUGGGUCGGCGGCGGCGGUGCUGGCCACUAUGUCAAGAUGGUCCACAACGGCAUUGAGUACGGUGACAUGCAGCUCAUUUGCGAGGCCUACUGGAUCCUCAAGCAGGGUCUUGGUCUGAGCGAGAAGGAGAUCUCGGAGAUCUUCAAGAAGUGGAACACGGGUGUGCUUGACUCGUUCCUGAUUGAGAUUACGCGCGACAUUCUUGCGUACAACGACGAUGACGGUGAGCCGCUUGUGACGAAGAUUCUCGAUGCUGCUGGCCAGAAGGGUACCGGCAAGUGGACGGCUGUCAACGCGCUGGACCUCGGUCAGCCCGUGACGCUUAUUGGCGAGGCCGUGUUUGCCCGCUGCCUCAGCUCGCUGAAGGGAGAGCGUACUCGUGCCUCGAAGAUCCUUCCCUCGACGAAGCCGCAUCCAUUCGAGGGCAACAAGCAGCAGUUCAUUGAUGAUCUCGAGCAGGCUCUGUAUGCCUCGAAGAUCGUGUCGUACGCCCAGGGCUUUAUGCUCAUGCGUGAGGCUGCCAAUGAGUACAACUGGAAGCUGAACAACCCGUCGAUUGCUCUCAUGUGGCGCGGCGGCUGCAUUAUCCGCUCGGUCUUCCUGAAGGACAUCACGAACGCCUUCCGUAAGAACCCUGAGCUGGAGAACUUGCUCUUUGAUGACUUCUUCGCGAAGGCGAUUACCCAGGCGGAGGACGGCUGGCGUCGCGUAAUUGCGCAGGCCGUGCUGUGGGGUGUCCCGGCGCCGGCCUUCUCGUCGGCGCUGUCGUUCUUCGACGGUAUCCGUCAGGAGGUCUCGUCCGCCUCGCUUCUGCAGGCGCAGCGUGACUACUUCGGUGCCCACACCUUCCGUGUGAUGCCGGGCAAGGAGAACGACCACCUGAAGUCCGGCCAGGACAUCCACAUCAACUGGACCGGCCGUGGUGGUAACGUGUCGGCCUCGAGCUACCAAGUCUAA